AUGGCUCCGUUGUUAUUAUCGCAACAAGAAAACGAUCGAUAAAGCUAUUAUAAAGCUUACUGCGAUAUUUGGUAUACUCUUAUAUUGAAUUGGCAACAACUCAUGCAUAGAGAGGUUCUUAAUUUACACAGGACUACGUGCGCUUCACGCGUCGAUACAAUAAAUAUAAUUAUGCAAUCGUGUUGUUAGGGCAGCGGCCUACAGACACCACAAUGAUCAUCCUGUUGUAGUUAAGUUAGUCUAGUAACUCUAGUUUAAAUCUAGUCAAAAGAGGAAUACAUGUUUGAUAGCAAUGUCUGAGUCAAGUGAUGACAGAAAGACUUCAGUAGCUCACAAUGAUGUGUCCCCAGCCCCAAGAAAACACCAAACCUCUGUUAGAUACAACCCACGGAAAAUACCACACAACUCUGUUGCCCCUAUUUCUCCAAACGUUUCUAUCCACUCUCUAAGUCCUUCAACAUCUUUCAGUGAAAGCGAAAACAGGAACAGAGUGAGAAAACAUAGUAGGUGGUAUUACCUUCGCAGACGGCUGACAAAAAAAGGUGUUAUACCAGUAAAUAAGAGCCAUCCUCAUUUUAAACUGCUCUCAUGUAUACGUGAAGGAAUAAGAGAACUCUUCAAACAGGGUGGGCUGAAAGUUUCACCAAAAAGAGAAUUAACAGCUCAAGACUUUGAAGAUGUUAUCAAGACAACCGUUACUUUGAAUGGAAAGGCUUUUGAGUUCGAAAGCUACUCUAGCUCAGCAUUCGCCACCAUUAGAAGAGCACUAGGGGUAGAGGAAAGUGAUUACAUUAACUCUGUGGCACCAGCCAACCUGCCCUACUUUGAAUUUAUAAGCAACUCCAAAAGUGGCCAGGAUUUCUUUUUGAGCCAUGAUAUGCAGUACAUGUUUAAAUCCAACCGUAAGAGGGAUGUGACUUUCUUUUUAUCUAUACUAAGGAGCUAUAUGCAGCAUUUCAUCUCCUACCCUCACUCGCUACUGGUGAAAUAUAUUGGCUGUUAUGCCAUCAAGAUCAGUGGGAAACCAAAGAAAUAUUUUCUAGUCAUGCAAAGUAUAUUCUACCCAUCAGAAAGAAUUGAAGAUCGGUUUGACAUUAAAGGUUGCACUGCUGGCAGGUACCAACAUCCUAGACCUGAAGGAUCAAAUGUUAUCACAGUUUUGAAGGACAGGAACUUUCUGAACGAUGAGUUAGAUUUUGGUGAUCAGGGGGAAUGGUUUAAAGCCCAGAUAGAAGCAGAUUCCAAGUUUUUGUGUGAUCUAAACUGUAUGGAUUACAGCUUACUCAUUGGUAGACAACGAAAACAUGCUUCGGAAAUGGCAACGGAACAGGUUUCAUCAAUUGUUGAAAGAAUCGGAAUAUCAAUAUCACCAAGUAAAAAAUCAAAGCAGGUAGAUUCUACAGGAGGCUCUGGUGAUGGAACACAUUUAAAUGGCACAGACAAAAGUUCUGGGCCUUAUAUCAUCUCAAGUCCUCUAGUGUACUCGGACAAUUCGAAAACAAAGAGCGAGAAACUCAGCUCAAACACUUUGGUGAUGCCGGAGUACAAACCAGGACUCAUGUUCCCCAGAAGUUUAGCAGACGGUGUUGAGAACUUUCACAAGGAGCACAGGAGGUUGCUGCCCAACUGCAAGAAUGGCCUGCACAUUAUAGAAGGGGCGGAGUACAGGUACUUUCUGGGUGUUGUUGAUUUCCUGUCUCGCUUUGAUUGGAGACUAAAAAUAGCACAGUACUGGAAAAUGCUCAAAUAUGGCUGUGGAGAUCACUCAACAAAACCUCCAAAGGUUUACAGCAAAAGAUUUGUUCAUUUUUUGAGUGAGAGAAUCAAAUAACAAAUUGUUAUUUUAGUUUCUUGGAUGUUUAAUUAGUUGUUAUUUUAGUUUGUUGGAUGUUUAAUUAGUUCUAUUGUUGUUCUCCACUAUUUUUGUCAACACUACUGACAUAGUGCCAUUCCUGUAAAUAUAAUUGAGUGAAAGUUUUUUUUCUGCCGUCUAAUUUUUUCUGUUGUUCAAACAGAAGAGCUGUAAACUUUGUCAACUACACUGACAUAUUGUCAACAAAUUUUGGCAUAACAUAUCAUAAGGGAAGGUCUGUUUCAAAAGUUCAGAAUAAACUGAAGACUCAAUAAUUAUACAUAAUUUAAUUAAUACAUUUUAUGUUACACUGCUGAAAUAUACAGUUUUUUAAAAUAGUACAUUUUAUGUUACACCGCUGAAAUAUACAAUUAUUUAAAAUUGUACAUUUUAUGUUACACUGCUGAAAUAUACAGUUAUUUAAAAUUGUACAUUUUAUGUUACACUGCUGAAAUUUACAUAAUUUAAUCUUAAACAUUUAAUGUUACACUGCUGGAAAAAGAGACUGUAUCCUACACUAGUAUUUUCAUUUCAUUUUGUGCCUUUAACUUUAAAAAGUCUAAAAUUAUUUUAUUUUGUAUAGACUUCUCUAUUUCAAUUCUAGUUAACUUCAGUGUGUGUCAUAUGUAAUUUAAAUAUAUUUUUUUAAUUCAGAAAGCAAAUAUGCCCUUGAGCUAAUGUUACAAGUUGUACAUUAUUUUAGUGCAGCGCAUGUUUUAUACAUAGAGAUUUACCUUAAAUUGUGCUUGUUAACAAUUUAAAACAACACAUGCAAUUCUUAAAAGCUAUAAUAAUGUUUUUAAAGACAGAACAUACAAGUGAUAAAUGCAUUACUUACUUUAAAAAAACCAUCCUGUUUGUAACAGUCUUUGUUGAUGACUCACUAACAGUGGUACGUAAUUUACUUUCUAUGCAUCAACACUUUUUACAUAAUUUAUUUGUCAUACAAUGUAUUAAAAUAAUUUUUGCACUUGAAUGAAAAUAUGUGAUAGCUUUUAUUAUACUUAUUGCCUGUAUUAAGUAUUUUAAUAAGUAUAUAUAUUUAUGAAAAAUGUAAUACUUAUAUCCUAUAUAUUUCUCUUUUUUAUACUUUCUAUUUAUUCCUUAGACUCUUGAUAUUAAAGCUGAAAUACUCUCUGCUUUAACAAUGUUAAACUAAAACUUUUAAAUGCUAUUGUUCAUUAUCAGAACAAAGCUCUUUCAUAAAAACCACUCAAGCAGCUUAAUAUCUGCAUUUUGUGUUAAAAAACAUAGUUUAAUCAUGUUAAAAGGCAUAUUAAAAAUAAUUUGUUGUUACUGUUAAUAAAAGUGAACAAAAUUUAUGUUAAAAAAAAACUACUGACUAAAUUUAAACAAUUGUUUAUGGAAAGUUUGAAAUCUUUCCUUGUCUUUGUUUUGUAAGCAGCAUUAUUGUACAGUUACUCGGGGUCAUCCAUAAAUGACGUCACGCUUUUUUUGACGAUUUUUACCUCCCCCCUUCCCUCCGUCAUCACAAAAAGCCAGACCCCCCCCCCCCCUCUAAAAUGACGUCACACCUCAUCCUACAACCCUCCUCAAAAUUGCAGUUGAAUGUUUUUUAAAACAUCAAUAUUUUUCUAAAAUCUUGUCUAAACUAUUACAAUUUAUUAAAACAGUUGUCUAAAUCGUGAAAUAAAGUCUAAAAUUCAUUUUCUAACAUUGCUUUUUUUAUAAUGCAAAAGUGUGACGUCGCAAGUUCUGACCCCCCCCCCCCUUCAUCACACAUCGUCACAAAAUUACGGACUCCCCCCUACGAGUGUGACAUCAUUUAUGGAUGACCCCUAAAUGAAAUAUUUUGUACAUACUUCAAUUUCAGCAAAUUUUAUAUUUCAACUUCAUGUUUUAAAAAUUUUAUUUUAAAAAUGAAAUAACCUUUGGUUGUAAAAAAUAUAGCAGUAAAUCUAUUCAACUAUUGACUCAGAACAUGAUUAUUAAAUUACAAUUUUUAUUUUUACUAUGCAAUAAAAAUAUUGUUUUUGUUAAUCUUAUUGUUACUAUACCGUCCAAAAAUAUUGUGCUUAUAAUCUCAAAGAAUCAGUUCAAUCAUGCAAAUAUUUUAUCUCUGUAAGGUUUAAACUUUGUAACAUUUAAGAAUAUUUUACCAUACAUUAAGUUUUCAUGUAGUAGUUUAGAUAUUUGAUCUCAGUCAAAUUUACAAGUGAGGUUCAAAGGUACAUCUAUCCAUUGAUCAGAUUUUUGUUUGCCUGUAUUCCUGUAAGAAAUCUGCUCAAUGCUCCAAUGUGCAAUAUUUAUUUCUGUUUGUUUAAGUGGGUGUAUUUGUUUGUUGUAUAUUUAAAAAAACAACUUGUAUACAACAUAUUGGGGAAACUUUUUGAAAAUAGAAAUAAUUUCUUUAAAAAAUAUAAUUUACAUUUUGGCAGACAAUAUUUGCAAAAAUUAAUGCUUAUUAAAAGUUUUCUUAUUUCUAAUAUUAUUAGCUCAAAAACUGUUUGUUGCUGUGAUAAAGAGAAUUGGGUGCUAUUUAAAGUACAUGUGAUCUGCUACCAAAUUUAAAUAAUUAUGAUGAAGUCAUAUUAAUUAAAGCUUAAUUUUUCAACUCAGUUUGUAAUAUAAAACAUGUAGGCUGUAUUAUAUAUACAUAUAUAUAGGCUAUUUAUAUGCAUAAAAAUGUAACUGAUUUUUAUAAUCUAUUUUUUAUAAACCUACACAUAUUUCCUCCCUUAUUUCAACAAAUAUCUUACAUUUUACCAAAUAUUAAUACAACUAUUUUCUCCCACUUAUUUGACUCCACAGUUAUACAAUAUAGAUCUAUAUUUAUUUCAAAGAUUUACUUUAUUUUUGGCUAUGUGAACAAAUAUUUAUUUAUGCAGGCAAUAUUCCCAUAAAGCCAGUCUUUGGGCUAGUAAAAGCCAUAUUCCUAUAAAGCCAGUCUUUGGACUGGUAAAAGCCAUAUUCCCAUAGAGAAAGCCUGUGGUCUAGUAAAAUCCAUAUUCCCUAGUGGAGGGGGGGGGAGAUGACUGGAAGAAACUCUGGUUGGAACAGCAAUUGUACAUUUAAACUCUUGACCAAAUAGAAGGGUUAUAUAUAAAAAAUUACAUCCAUGUCCAUUUAUUUUUUUAAUUCCUGCAUUUUUGAGAUACUUAUUACAUAUUAAUACAUAUUACAUAUCUGUUUAUUGUUUAUUUAAAAAAAUCUUUUUUUUGCAAUAUAUGAUUUUUACAAUAAUUUUAUUUUUAAACUGACCCUACUAUUACUAAGUAGGGACAGUCUGGGCACUGUGGUCAGCACAGAUUAAAAAAAGUAAAUAAACUGAAGUGUGUAUUAACUGCUUAUGGGUGUUUUUGUAUAAGAUUAAAAUCCACUGUUACAUACUGUUUACUCCAGAAUAAAAUCUUGUUGACGUUAA